GUACACACGUCACAUGGCGUGGUGUGUUUUUGCUUAUCGCCGUAGUAGCAACUCUUAUUCCAAUUUCCAUUUUUCAGUUGCCUGCUGCUGCCCUUUUGGCUUUUAGUACUCGAGCUAGCCGUAAAUUUGUCGGUUUUUUGUACUUGAGGAUUUACGCCACGUUUUCAGCAUACAGUUUUAGCUUUUCUGAAAGAGACAUACAAAAUGAGUAGAUUUUUUGCCACCGGCUCAGAUUCCGAGUCUGAUAGCUCGUCCGAAGAAGAACAAGUUAUACGCCAGCCUACUGCUAACUUCACGUUCAGCGAUGAUGAAGAAGAUACCAAACGUAUUGUUCGUUCAUUGAAAGAAAAACGCUAUGAAGAUCUAAACAUGACUAUUAAGCAGAUAAGAAACCAUAAGAAAAUUAAAGAUAUGAGUAGCUUGCUGACAAGUUUUGAAGAUUUAAUUCGGGCAUAUACCAAAGCUUUUAAUGCUGUCAUAUUGAAAGAAGAAAAUGGAGUGGCCCCUCGUUUUUUUGUUCGUUGCCUUGUUGAAAUGGAAGAUUUUAUAAAUGAUGUUUGGGAUGAUCGCGAAGGACGUAAAAACUUGUCCAAAAAUAAUUCUAAAAGCUUAGCUUCGUUGAGGCAAAAAUUUAGGAAGUAUAUUAAGGAUUUUGAAAGUGAAAUAGCCAAAUUCCGAGAAAACCCCGAUCUUCCUGAUCAAGAAGAAGACCCAAAAGAAGAUGAUGACGCUGAUUCUGAUGAAAGUGAAAGUGCAGAUGAAGCUCCCGCUGAUUCUUUUAAAAAAACUGAAGAAAAAAUACCUAAAGCUCCCAAAGCAGCUGGUGCUGAUUCUGACAGUGAUGAUUCUUUUGAUUGGGGUAGUGAUUCUGAAAGUUCUUCUUCGAGUAGUGAAGAUGAAGGUCAAUAUCAAAGUAUAAGAGAACGAUUUUUAAAAAAAUCAACUGAUAAAGAUGAUGAUGAAAAGAAAGAUAAGAAAGAAAGAAAAGAAAGGAAAGAAAAACCAAAGAAACAAAAACGAGAAGAUGAUGAUGAAAGUGAUAGUGAAUGGCAAAAAGUCCGAAGAGGAGUAGCUAUUCCUUCGGAAAAGCCAAAAAUGUUUGCUAAAGAUGCAGAAAUCACUCAUGAAGCUGUUUUGCGUAAAUUAUCUGAAGUAGUUGCAGCAAGAGGAAAAAAACGUACUGACCGAAGAGAACAAAUUGAAUUACUUCAUGAACUGCUGUUAAUAUCAGAGGCUCAUAAUUUGGGAUUGGGAUUAAGGAUUAAAAUUAAAAUGUCAAUAAUUUCUUCAAUUUUUGACUACAACCCCAAAGUCUCUGAUGCAAUGAAACCUGAAAUUUGGAACAAGUUAUUGGAUUGUAUAAUUGAGCUUAUGGACAUAAUUCUUCCUGCUAAAGAAACAAUAUUUAUUGGCGAAUCAAUUGCUGAAGAUGCAGAAAUUUUAGAUAAACCUACUUUCCAAAUUCGUGGUUGUGUUCUUACAAUUGUUGAAAGAUUAGACGAAGAGUUUACUAAACUUCUAAAAGAAUGUGAUCCUCAUAGCAAUGAUUAUGUACAGAGACUUAAGGAUGAAAAGCGUGUGUGUGAUAUCAUUGAUAAAGUCCAGUUGUUUUUGGAACAUCAAAAUAUUGAGUCAGAUAUCUGCCGUAUAUAUAUGCGAAAAAUUGAUCAUGUCUACUACAAAUUUGACCCCUUGGUUUUGAAACAGAAAAAGGGAGAAAUUUUACCAUCUCUAAAAACUAAUGUUCAAGUUAUGGAAAAUUUAUGCAAGUACAUAUAUGAUAAGGAUGGGACUGAUCGUUUGAGAACUAGAGCGAUCUUAUGUCAUGUAUACCAUCAUGCUCUUCAUGACAAUUGGUUCCAAGCUAGAGAUUUGGUACUUAUGUCUCAUUUGCAAGAAACAAUACAGCAUUCUGAUCCUGCUACUCAGAUUCUUUACAAUCGUACAAUGGCUCAUAUUGGGUUGUGUGCGUUCCGUCAAGGUAACAUAAAAGAUGCACAUAAUUGUUUGGUCGAUUUAAUGACCACUGGUAAAGUCAAAGAAUUAUUAGCUCAAGGACUACUACCCCAAAGACAACAUGAACGUAGUAAAGAACAAGAAAAAGUUGAGAAACAAAGGCAAAUGCCGUUCCACAUGCACAUCAAUUUAGAACUAUUGGAGUGCGUUUACCUGGUGUCAGCUAUGCUUAUUGAAAUUCCAUAUAUGGCCGCACAUGAGUUUGAUGCAAGAAGACGUAUGAUAUCUAAAACAUUCUAUCAACAACUCCGAUCGAGUGAAAGGCAAUCAUUAGUGGGUCCUCCGGAGUCGAUGCGAGAACAUGUAGUUGCCGCAAGUAAAGCAAUGAGAAAUGGAAAUUGGUCGGCCUCUCGCAAUUUUAUUAUUAAUGAAAAAAUGAAUGCUAAAGUUUGGGAGUUGUUUUAUGAAAGUGAUAGAGUCAGAGAUAUGUUGGAACGAUUAAUUAAAGAGGAAUCUUUACGCACAUACUUGUUUACUUAUUCACACGUCUAUAAUUCAAUUUCAAUGAAAACUUUAUCCGAGAUGUUCGAACUUCCAAGAACUUCAACUCACUCAAUUAUUUCGAAAAUGAUUAUCAAUGAAGAAUUAAUGGCGUCUCUUGAUGAUCCUACCCAGACUGUAGUUAUGCAUCGUAGUGAACCAAGCCGGUUGCAAUCACUUGCUCUUCAAUUGGCCGACAAAGUCAAUAAUUUUGUAGAUUCUAAUGAAAGAAUCUUCGAAAUGAAGCAAGGUAACUUCUUCCCAAGAGGUGGUAACCAAAACCAGGGACAAUACAGGCAGAACUAUAAUCGCCAAGGAGGACAAGAUUGGAACAGACAGAGAAGAGAUAACCAUAACCAUAAUCAUAAUCGAGGAACAUAUAACAAUAAUUAAUAAUUUAAUAUUUGAUACAAUAUUUGUCUGUCAUUUAAUAAAAACUUAAAUAGUUCAAUCUCAUUA